AUGGCGGAAGAACAACCAAAUUCCAAUGCUCAAGAACCCACCCCCGACCCGAAUCAGAAUUCCGUCGAAGCCACAAUCGAAUCCGGCGUCGAUUUCGGGGCCACUGAGUCCACUUGCAACAACGACAACGAAAGCUCCGUGGUAAAUUCCGAUGCUGAGUUCCAGAAGUCAUUGGAAUACGCAGAUGAGUUGAUGGUUCGAGGCUCAAAAGCCUCUCAGGAUCGUGAUUACGCCGAAGCCACUGAUUGCUACAGCCGUGCUUUGGAAAUCAGGUUAGGGUUUUUCCUUCGUUACGCCUUUCGUGUUUUUUAA